AUUCUUUGAACCUCCCUCCCUAUUUCAGUUUACAUUUGUCAAAGGCUUUAAUAUAGGAAAAACAAAAUAUCUAUAACAUUUCCAUAGCAGCAGAUUUCAUCUACUUUAAAAUUCCUUCCACGUCUUCGUAUGGGUUUGGCAAUCAUGUCAUGUCGUAACGUACAUGGCUACACUGCCAACGGGGCACCUUCGCUCCGAUCGAUGGCUCUCUGUCAACAAUGUACUUUCCUCUGAAAUAUUUAUGAAAUAACCCAACAAAUGUACUAAUUACUUCUAAAACGCAAGAAAUAAGCCUUGAAUACGUAUUUAUGUCGCAUCGUUUCAAAGUUUACAGUGAAAGGUGACAAGUGAAAGUGCGGUGCAUGUCAGAGAGUGACUGGUAUUGUUGUAGCUAGCAUAUGCGUGCGGAUUCCUCGCGAAUGUUACGUAAUUAAAGGGCCAUGUCGUGGGCCAAGAAGCCGGGAGGACCGCCCGGGGACCAGGCGGCCUUCAACCCUCAGCAAUUCAAUAACCAACAAAACAUGUAUCCAGGCUAUGCAGGGGUGCCACCACAACAGUGGCCUCAACAACAACAACCAAUACCACAACAACAGCAACAAUACAAACAAUACCCCUUCCAACCGGAGUUCCCCAAUGCCAACCAGAUGUAUCAGCAACCAUACAACCAAAACUACCCGGGCUACCAACCCCAACCCGGCUACCAAUACUAUCCAAACCAACCCAAUCAGCCUUCGCAGGGCCACACAGACGCCUGGGAAGACAACUGGGACUGGGGCUGGGACGAAUCAGCCAAACAGGCCCAACUUGCUGCCCAAAACCAACCCCAAGCGUUCAACAACGCAAAUGUCAUAGAAGAAAGCUUUGCUUCAACCGACACUUGGAACUGGACCAUGGAAGACAAAAAAGAGGAGAAGCCUGCUGAGACUCAAGAACUUAAAUCUGAACCACCGAAAGAGGAUGUCAAGCUAAGUGAUAAGGAGGCAGUUAAGGAAAGACUGCCAAACUUAGCACUUGGGAAAAGAUUGAACUCUGACUUAACACCUCAGUGGUCUAUCGAGUCCCAAAUGUCUCAGGAAUCCAGCGAUCCACUCCACUCCGAAAGCACGUAUCGGAGCGAAAAUCAAUCUAGGAAUUCUACGAAAAGUAGCCCAGGGCAUAACGAUACAACUAAUUUUAAUUUCCAAGGCCAAGAAGAGUUAAUGCCCCCGAUCGAUUGGCCUACGCCGACUGUUGAAGAGAUCGAGAGAAGGGACCGAAAACCUGACGAGCUCGCUUCUUCGCUGCAAGAAAUGAGCAUCGCUAACGAUGAGACACAGGAGCGACAUGAGGCGCCUUCGCCGUCAAGGUCCCCUGCCGGUAUACCUCCUCCCGUCUCAAACUUGCCACUACCUCCUACUAACUUCCCGGCUUCAAGCCAGAACCCCUUUAAGAACACAGGCUCAUUCUCUCAUAAAAGCACUCCUAGUAAAUCCACCACGCCUAAUCAACCUUUCCCAGGGAUGACGGCCUUGAAUUCGCCGGCAGCAGUCAACAAAGUCCAGCACAGAGCUCCAGUAGGAUUUGGAGCGAACCUGGAAACGACUCCGGACAAUUCAGAACGCCCAGACCAGCCUCAGGUAGCUUUCAGACCACUGCAAGUAAAUCCACAGGUACCAGAUAAUUUGGAAGUCGCGCCACAGAACGAUAGGAACGAGUAUUUGCAGACGGCGCAUCUGUCUACGGGUGAUUAUGAGAAUACUGACUUCAGUAGGGGCUUGCCGCCUCCACCAGGAUUAAGAAGGAUGGUUGUAGGCCAACAGGAGUCUAAUUCCGACGAGCCCCCACCAGGUUUAGCUCGCAUGGUGCCGGGACAACAAACUGAAGCAGAUAACUCCUACAACCAGCCGGAUAACUACAUGGAUAGACACAUAGAUGGGCAGCCUACAGACGAGAACCCUCGCCCUUACCGCCAAGCCGAUGGCCAACAGACCCCUGACUAUUCCCAGCCACAAAGAUCAGGACGACCUAUCAUAGGCAGGAUGGUUCCCGGCGAACCAAGCAACGACGAAUACCCUCAAUAUCAAGCCGGUUACAACGAGCACAGAGUCGUAACGGGCGUGGACCAUGAUUACCCAAACGCCGGACCUUCUGAUAUACGAGAGCAGAACGUGGACGGUUCAGACUAUACGGAACCGCCUAGGAAUCCUUUCAACGUCCGGGGAAGCUCUAACGAUGUAUCCUCCGAUUAUAAUGGACCUCCUGAAGAGCAACAACGGGAAGUCAUGAUGGAAGGCGAGAAUCUCCAGGACCUAAGCGUCGCUACAUCUUCUGAUUUAAAUUAUACCAGAGAACACUUCGAUGGCGCUGAUACCAACGCAACAGAUCCAGGAAUGGAUAGAAAGACGGACUUGUCCGAGAAUGACCAUCCUGUGUCAAGCUCGCGACGUCAAUCUCUCAACAGGACGUCAGGAGAGGAUUCAGAGAGGGAUAGAAUCAAAUCAAGCCCAAGGAGGGACAGAAAACACAAGCCCUCGAGAGAUAAGGAUAGAGAUGAUGGGAGAUACUCAAGAGACAGGAAGUAUGACAGAGAUGCAAGGUCCGGGAGGAGAGAGCGAGAUGAUAAGGAUAGGAGGGAGAGGAGAGAUGGGAGAGAAAGGGAGGCGAGUCCUGACGGUAGGAAACAUCGCCGCGGAACGAGGAGUCGUCGGUAUGAGACGGAAGAUACCGAUUACUAUAGCGACAGGGAAAGAGAACGCAGACGUUACCGCGAAGGCUCGCACUCGUCCAAGCCACCCCGCCCGGACGACUACCGUCGUUACGACGACCGACAUCGCUACAACACGAUCGAGCGCGACCGUCGCUACGACGACGACGAGCGACGACGCUACGGACGAUACAGGGACAUUGAUCCCAAUCGCAAAUACGGCAGCUUGAGACGGGACGAGGAUAGAAGAGUCGUGACAUUUUCGGGUGACGUCAAAGACCCCGAUUUAAAAGGCGACCCGUACUCGUCUCCCUCGCGCGCCGAGUCCCGCGACGCUGGUCCUACCGACGACGAGUUGAACGAUACGCUCGCGUCGACUGAUUCCCGCCGUCGGUCUGACAGGGACAGACAUAGGCGUCGGCACCGUACUGAUGCGUACUACGAUGGCUACAACAGCGUAUACUCAGACCCGUACGCACUACAACGCCAACAAUACCAGUACUACGAGCACUUACGCCUCACUAACCCCACCCGCUACAUGGAGAUAUACAAGCAAAUCAUGGCCGGGCAACCGCCGCCACCCCCACCACCUGAAUAUCUCGCCGCGGCCAGCAAAAUUACUGCCAUGCAAGGUUAGUGUAACUGUAAGGUGUAUACUCGCUAGUAACCCCACUCG